AAUCACUGAUAAGAUGGACACCAUGUAUAUAAGUUCGAGGUGAGGAUAAAUGAAUUCCCCUCUCGAACGUAUUGUACAUUUAUAUCUAAUUUGGAAGCGCUACUAAAAGCAGUAUAGCAAAAAAAAAAAAAAAACCUUAUCUCUGAUGAUAUAAAAAUGUUAUAAUUGUUGAAAAUUAUAAUUUUGUUAAUUCUUUCUAACAAAGCAAACAAAAAUGGGAUUGAUAAAAACUGGAAUUCUUGGAUUAUUUAUAGUUUAUAUUACUUCCUUGUAUUUGAGAUCAGGUAAAAAUGAUUAUGAAAAAUUUCCAAAUACCUGGUGGGGACCUGGAAAAGAAAAUAAAGAAGUUGAUCAAAGUAUUCGACCAUUUAAAGUAGUUUUCAAAGAUAAGGAUAUUGAAGAUCUAAAGUUUCGAUUAAAAAAUACACGACUUUCAAAACCUGGAUUAGAAGGAGCUGCUUGGACUUAUGGUGUACCUAGUCAGGCUUUGCCAAAAAUAAUUGACUACUGGCAAAAUAAAUAUAAUUUUAAAACAAGAGAAACCUAUAUGAAUAAAUAUUCGCAAUUCGUAACAAAUAUUCAAGGUUUGGAUAUUCAUUUUUUGCAUGUGAAGCCAAAAAAUGCUAAAGGCAAAAAAGUCCUUCCACUAUUGUUACAACAUGGAUGGCCAGGAUCAGUUUUGGAAUUUUAUAAAAUAAUUCCACUUCUCACAAAUACAAAACCUGAAUAUGAUUUUGUUUUUGAAAUCAUUGCUCCUUCUUUACCAGGAUUUGGAUUUUCUGAUCCAGCCAUUAGACCAGGUCUUGGGGGCAAUGAAAUAGCAGUGGUACUUAAAAAUUUAAUGCUGCGAUUAGGAUUUAAUAAGUUUUACACUCAAGGAGGUGAUUGGGGUGCUAUUAUUACAUCCAAUUUGGCUGCCAUGUUUCCUCAACAUGUACUAGGAAUGCACUCGAACAUGUGCAUUGUUUCAUCUCCUUGGAGUUUUUUGAAAACUUAUUUCUUUAGUUUCUUUCCAUCUCUUUUGCUUCCCGAAGAAGAUCAUCAUUUAAUGUAUCCACUUGGUAAACACUGGGCCAGUAAACUUGAAGAAUCAGGAUAUUUUCACAUUCAAGCCACGAAACCUGACACUAUUGGUGUUGCUCACAGUGAUUCUCCAAUUGGUUUGGCGGCAUAUAUUCUUGAAAAAUUCUCAACUGCCACAAAUCCCGAUUAUAGAAUGAAAGACGAUGGUGGUCUUUUUGAGAAACAUACUCCUGAUGAACUCAUUGACAAUUUAAUGUAUUAUUGGAUACCAAACACAAUGACAACAGCCGUGAGAAUUUAUGCUGAAACGUUUAAUAAAAAAUAUUUACAACCUGGACCACACAGAGCGCCCAUAAAUGUACCAAGUGCCUGUGCUCAAUUUCGUUAUGAAAUUUCAUAUCAGCCUGAAUGUUUACUUAAAGAACGUUAUAAAAAUUUACUUCGAGCCACAAAAUUCCCCAAAGGUGGACAUUUUGCAGCGAUGGAAGAACCACAACUUUUGGCCGAAGAUAUUUGGGCUUCAGUGAAACUUUUCGAAGAAGCUAAAAAGAAAGAAAGUUCUUGAAAAUUUAUAUUUACUUUUUCCAAAUAGAAUAUUAAAAUCAAACAAUUUUUUCAUAUAAAUUUUGUUAUUUAAUGUGCGUGACUUCAUUUUUGCAACAAAAUUACAGUUUCGAUAAAAUACACACGUCGAAAAUGCAAUUGCAAAUCAUGAUAGAGAUGAAAUUAUAAAAAUGCAACAUCACUUUAUAAAAUGACCUUCAACACGUAGGCACUCCUCUUAUGUAAAGUGAAUAAUAAUUUUCAAUGAUGACUGUGCAAAUAAAAACCUGUUAACUCUACUAUAUGUAUAAAUUAUAUGAAUUUUGAAGAUAAUCGAACAAAUUUAUGUCAUAAAAAUUAAACAAAUUAAAAAUGUUUUAUUUAAAAAAUGUAUUAAAACAUUUUUUUAUAAAUAUAUUCAUAAUAAAUAUUUUGUUAAAGAAAAACUUUUUUUUCAAUAAAAAAAAAAAUUGGAAA